GGCAAUUAAGAGCUACGGAGAUUGUAAUUAUGUCAUGGAUUCGAUUAAAACGAGGAUAGUAUAGAGGAAACACACACGUGACCUGACGAAAGGUUUGGAAGUGCAGUCAAUUAGGCAGAAUGUCAAGGGAUGUGGUGGGUAUGUGGGAAGUGUCUCUGAGUGACGGGAUUUACCAGAUUGAAUUUGAACAUGGAACCACCACAGGGAAACGUGUUAUUUACAUAAAUGGAAAGGAAGUCCUCAGAAGGGACUGGAUGUUCAAACUGGUGGGCAAGGAGACAUUCCCAGUUGGAAGUACAGGAACAAAAGCCACUAUAAAUAUUGAAGCAAUCACAGGCUUUGCUUAUGAGUAUACUCUGGAAAUCAAUGGGAAAAGCCUCCAGUCAUUUUUGGACAACCGGUCUAAAAUAUCCAAAACUUGGCUGCUGAAGCUAGAUGGUGCUGACUGCAGGAUUGUGCUCGAGAAAGAUACCAUGGACGUUUGGUGCAACGGGCAAAGGAUGGAAACCACGGGGGAGUUUGCAGAUGACGGCACCGAGACACACUUUGCGGUGGGGAACCAUGAGUGUUGCAUAAAAGCUACCAGCACUGGGAAGAGAAGAAAUGGAAUAAUCCAUUCUCUACUUGUGGAUGGGACGAGGAUUACGGACACAAUGGAGUGAAGACAAUGGGACUUGAGCUGAAAAUUACAAGUCAAGUACCUGUAUCAUUUUCGGUACUUGAGGCUAAGGAGGCAAAGCAGUGAAGGAGCUACUUCCUAGCAGUAAUUCAGAUCACAGCUGAUAGAAUGAGAUCAAUCGAAAAGCUGCAUAAUGCUACACACAUGUAUUUACAGUGGCCAAGUCCUGUGAAAACGGUGUAAGAAAUAACAAACUGAAUAUUAGGGCCAGUUUCGUAGACCUCUACACCUUUACAAUAAGCCUAAAUCUAGACUACAGGAAGUCUGCAUGGCAGUUUAGUCCAAGAUUAGGCCUAAUUAAUGUCCCAUAAGAAUAGUUCAGUCAAUAUGUAGCAAUAUACAUGCUACUACAGCCUAAUUCAUAGGAUUAAUACAAAUAUUUUGCUUUAGUAGAAAUUAAAUAAAUUCUAUACACACAGAUCAAGCAUAAUAUUAUGACUGUUUCUCUGAUACUUUGUCACCUUUUACCCUGUUCUUGUGGUCAGGACCCCCAUGGACCCUCACAGAG